CUUUCAUUCAUUGUUGUCACUUUUGAAGCUAUAAUCUUUGGUGCUAUAGUUUUAAAUGCCAAUAGUACCGUUUUUGAAAUUAUCAUCUUUAAAGUCGUCACCUUUGAUAUGGGUUCCGUUGG